AAUUUUAGUGGGAUCAAGGUAUGGGUAUGGAGCUUUUGCUUUUAACUGUAGAUGUGGCUAGUGAAGCGUUUGCUCACGUAACGAAGCCUGAGUGGAUGGAGGGGCAGUGUGGCUAGUGUAUACCCCACGGUAAUGUACCUAAGUACCGAAUGCAAGUAAGGUGGGCAGGGAUCCUUGCUGUCAAGUAACUUUAAUUUUUUUCUUCGACAUCAAAAAUUUUGGGAAAUCGCUGAAAUCCCAAUCUCACCCCCACCAUCAAAACAAGCCUCCUGGUAUAAUAUUUCCUGAGUUCCACUUGCGGUAAAUUUGUGCAGCGACACAAUCAAUAACUUAAUAAUUUUACGAUUUCUUCAAAUUUUGCACUCAUGACUGAAACGAAGGCCAGCCAGCCUGGCGUUUCGCCAGAAAAUCGAUGCGCCAUUGGUAUUUCCUUUGGUAAUUCGUACAGUUCCAUUGCUUGCACGAUUGACGACAGCCCAGUUGUAAUCGCAAAUGAAGAUGGAGACCGACAAAUCCCCACCAUCCUAUCAUACGUCGAGGGCGAAGAGUACACUGGUAACCAAGCCAAGGCCUUGCUAAUCCGAAACCCCAAGAACACGGUUAUAUCCUUCAAAGACUUCCUUGGCCAAGAAUUCAAGUCGAUUGAUCCUACCCACUGCCAUGCAGCUUCCCACCCCCAGGACGUAAAUGGAAGCGUAUCUUUCACAAUCCAGGACAAGGUCGAGGGAGAAUCACCUUCAACCCUCACCGUUAAGGAAGUUUCUGCCCGAUAUCUGCGCCGCCUCGUACAAUCAGCCUCGGACUACCUAGGAAAGAAGGUUACCUCUGCUGUAAUAUCAGUCCCUACAAACUUCACAGAAGCCCAGAGAACGACCCUAAUUCAAUCUGCAAAUGAUGCUGGGCUUGAGGUCCUCCAAUUAAUCAACGAGCCAAUUGCGUCGGUUCUUGCUUAUGAUGCGAGACCAGAGGCCAAGUUGGAAGACAAGAUUAUUGUGGUGGCCGACCUUGGUGGUACACGUUCGGACGUUGCCGUAGUAGCUUCAAGAGGUGGACUUUACACAAUUCUUGCAACGGCGCACGACUAUGAAUUCUCCGGUUCCCACUUAGACACUGUCCUCAUGGACCACUUUGCGAAGGAAUUCCAGAAGAAGAAUGCCAAUGUUGACCCUCGAGGAAAUGCAAGGAGCUUGGCGAAGCUUAAGGCUGAGUCUGAAGCCGCCAAGAAGGCUCUUAGCAUUGGUACAAACGCCAGCUUUAGCGUUGAAAGCUUGGCAGAGGGAAUUGACUUUCAGACCACCAUCAACCGACUUAGGUACGAAACAAUCGCGCGCAAGGUCUUCGAGGGCUUUAACCGCUUGGUUGAGGGUGUCAUUAAGAAGGCUGGUCUGGAUGUCCUGGAUAUUGACGAGGUAAUUCUAUCUGGUGGCACGUCGCACACGCCCAGAAUCGCAAAUAAUUUCCGAGCGAUAUUCCCGGAGAGUACUACAAUUCAAGCUCCGGCAACGAGCGCUAGUGCCAUCAACCCCUCCGAACUUCAAGCCCGCGGCGCUGCUCUCCAAGCUUCUUUGAUCCAAGAAUACGAAUCGGAUGAUAUCGAACAAUCAACACAUCCCGCAGUCACAACUGUUAAACACAUCACUAACGCUAUUGGUGUUAUCUCGUUAUCCGAUGAAGGCGAGGAGACAUUCACACCAAUCAUCGCGCCGGAGACAGCUGUCCCGGCUCGUCGAACCAUCCACAUCGCAGCUCCCGCAAGUGGCGGCAAUGUGUUGGUGAAGGUAGUUGAGGGUGGUACCCAUAUCAAGGUGACCAAGUCCGAGCCCAAGCCAAAGGAGAACGGCGACAAGGAAGACGACGAUGAGGAUGACAGCGAUUUCGAUGAAUCUGAUGAGGAAGAAGAGGAGCACCGAGAAAAGGUGUGGAAAAUCGGCAACACCCUGGCUGAAGCCGCCAUCCGAGAUGUCAAGAAGGGAAGCAAGGUCGAAGUCACCAUUAACGUGGCAGGCGAUCUCGCAGUCACUAUCGCGACGAGGGAAGUCGGCGGUAAGGGUGGUGUUAGGGGCAACUUGAAGGCUCCUUAAGUACAUCAAUUUAUUUAAUGAUGCCACCCCUUACUUACCCUUACCUUACCUUACCUUCCCUUAUUCUCAAAAAAAUGGUUUAAUUGAAGCCGGAUGCGGAUGGACCACUGCGCGGUAGGCGGCUAACUAUUCGAUACGAUACGAUAUAGAAGGGACUUCAUGCGGAGUGGACGGAUAAUUCGUGAUGCGUAAUACAUGAUGCAUGAAAGCGAUGAUGUUCCACUCCCCUUUGGGCGGAAUAGGGCAUAGGGUAUAGAACAGUUAGAUGAAAAAAAAAAGAAACGUAUUUACGUAUUUACGUAUUUACAUAAUACUUUAGGCAUC